AGUUCAUAUAUGAAUUAUUUCAUAUAAACUUCACAUCAUUACAUACAUUAUCACUUACAAUACAUUACAUUACCUCACUUACGAUACAUUAUGUUGCAUUACUCACUUACAAUAAUUAUGCUAUAUUGCUUACUUGCACUAGGUUACAGAACAAUGCGCAAUUAGUAUUUGGAAAAACUGUGAUAACCAAUUUAAACCUUGCAAAUUAAAUGUGUGACUACGUACUGCAUGCAUUAAUUUAAGAAACUGGACCACUUCUCUAAAAAGGUAUUGUGUUUGUUUGACAUAAGGGCUAUAUAACAUUUGUUUGAUUUAUGUAAUCUGCAAACCUAAAUUUAAUGCUAUUUAAUGUUUUGCAAUAAAGAUUAUUUAUGAGAAUAAGGCGGUUUAGGGUUGAACAAAAUGACCAGUUAUUAAGUCUAUGCCAUAAAUGAUUUCAUUCUCGGAAAGGCGUAAGGUCUUUUUAGAAGUAGACUGACACCAUGUUCAAUAAAAUCCGACCACAAAGUACUAGCAGAGGGACCCGAUACAAAUAAAUGACUGACUGUUUGGUUGAUGUUUGUGUAGAAGGGACAGUGAGGGUCUUCAACCUUUUUCAUUUUGUACAAAACACAAUUGGUGUAAAGAAAAUUGUGAAUAAUCUUGUAUUGGAAUAUUGAAAAUUUGAUUUCUUCAGUCACAAGAAAGGGUAAAGAAUAAUAUUUUCUGACGUUCGUGGAUAUCAAAUCUACAUUCUAUAAGUCUUUUCUCAGCUCUUGGAGGAGAAAAAUUCUGAUGAUCAAUUAAAGAUCCGUAAUUUGUUUUGCAUGUAAGUUUAUCAAUGGUAAGUAAAUUAACUGUGGUGGCUUGUUCUUCCUGUUCUAGGUAUUUUUUCCAUACACUCGAUAUUGCCAAAAGGAGGCCAUGAUAAUGUUAAAAGAUUGCAUUUACAAUGAAUUUUUGUAAGAACUCAAUGAAUUCAUGACAGAAAUUAAGUGUUACUUUCAUCGAGAAGACUGGAUAGUUUACAGAUAUCAGCUUGAUGCCAGCUUCGAAAAUAUGUGGAGGCUUUGUUAAUUUUUUAUGAAUCAAUUAUUCCAAACAAUUUGGUUGAGUACUGUACAGCUUUGUAGGGACAACAUUAUGUAAUUCUUGCCAGUGUGAAAUUAUGUCUUGUAAUCAUUGAUGGAAUAUUGCCGUAAGGAAAAGAAGACUUUAAAAAGAAACACGGCAUGUAGAAUCAAUUGGGCUGAUAAAAGACAUGCUUUCACUUCUUCCAUCAGCAUUUCCACUACGCUUUCAGUUUGAGGAAAACCCAUCAUGCGGCAGAAUGGAAAUCUACAAAAAAGGUAGCUGGGAAAGACUUUGUACCAGAAGGGGAGGUACAGAUGAAGAAGAUUUGACCUGCAAGGCCAUGGGUUACACUAACAGCGGGUUAUAUGAUGAUGGUGCAUGGCAUGGAGAUAACAGCAAUGCCUCAAAUUCAUCAAUCCACUCUAACUGUACAUCACUGACAGAUUGCAAGAGUAACGUUGACAAUAAAACACAAUUAUGCAAAGUCCCUGUACGAUUAAAUGGGAGCGAUAAAGAAUAUUUUGGAAGAGUGGAAGUAUUUUACAAGGGAAAGUGGGGAAAGAUCUGCCAUAAUAAAUGGAAUUUUGAAGAUGUCAAAGUUAUUUGUCGUCAACUUGGCUUCAAACGUGCAGUGGCUGAAUUUGUUGCGGGAGAUAUCAAGGAUGAGGACAUUCCUUUUGUAAUGUCUGAUGUAGCCUGCUAUGGAGAUGAGCCUGAGCUGGCAUCCUGCCCACGAACUGAUGGAAAGCUUAAUGUUGACUGUCAAAAUGAUGACACAGCUGCUCAGGCAUUGUGUGAACCAAAAGGGGACAAAAUAGUUUUGAACGCGGUGCGAGAAUUUUUGGAUGUUGGCAAGAGUGAAACUAUUCACUGCUCCUUGGAAAAUGAAACCAAACACAUAAGUUGGUUCGAUAACAAAAAUCAAGAGAUUUUAAACCCCACAUCUGAGACAAGGAUGAAGGCAAACAAAAAUGGUGAACUGACCAUUAAAAAAGUUGAGUUGUCUGAAGGAGGAACCUAUGAAUGCAGGGGAUUGGAAUACACUCGUUACUACACCAUCUAUGUCAAUGGUAGGCCAAAUGAUUACUUUUUUACUAGGAACAUAAUUUUUACUAGCACAUAAUUUGAUCAUUUAACCUGUUUUUUUAGCCAAAUAUGUUUGUCUUAAAAUGUGUACAAUUUUUUUCUCUAGCCUCAAUUUCAGUAAUCUUUGAUAGACCAUUUACACCUGUGCAUCCUGGGGUGGAGGGGGGGUACUCCGAGAAAAAUUGCAUGGGGGUAUGCAGCCAGCUUCCUAACACCCUUACCCUAUUUAUGACCAAAAUCUAUGAUUUUCCCAACCCUAUUUAUGACCUGACCAAAAAUUUGAUACCCUGUGAAUGACUUGAUCCUGAAUCAAUACCCCAUUUCAGACCUGCCUUACACUUAGCUCCCUAGUUCAGACCAGUGUUAAAGGCAUUGUAAAGGGCUUUUGUUGGUUGCUCUAAUCAAUAAUGAUGAAAAAGGAACUUCUUCUAAAAAGCAUACCCAGUUGGAGAUGAGCUCAAAAAUCAUACCCUAUUUAUGACAAAAAUGGCUAAAAUUGACACCCUAUUUAGGACCAAAACGGCUGAAAAACCAU